CUUUGGGUAAUUUUUUCACCAAACCAACUACAAACCCACUCUUUCUACACCCAAAGCGGCCUAUCCCUCGAUUUUGAGCGAGUUUGGGCGACGUUUUCGUCGCCGGAGGCGAUUUCCGGCGAGACUCCGGCGUGACUCCGACGAGCAUUUCCGGCCAGUUUUUCGGCGUUUCGUCACUUCCAUUGUCUUCCCCUCAUCAUUCCCUACACCUCUACUUGAGUCUCCAGGUUUGAUUUUGCCCCUAACUAUGUUAAUUGUGGAGAAUUGAGUGUGUAGGGUGUAUGUUAGAGAACCUUAUUGAAUCAUGUGAAUCUUAUGAAAUUGAUUGAGGGGAAUGCAUGGGAUGUGAUUGAAUUAUGUUGGGCAAAGUCCCCUUUGAUUGUUUAAGCCCUUGUGUGCAAGAAUUUGGCCAAUUUCAUGUUUAACUUAGUAGUGCACACAAGGUGUUCGCUGGAAUGCCUGUUUUCCAUGCCCUGUUGUGGCCACCGGUUGGGGCCCUUAAUGAUGUAGUUUGAGGGUGUAUUUGCUAUGGAUGUGAACCUUGAGUUGCCUAUUUUCUUGUGAAUGUGCACCCCCACCCUGAUUCUGCUUGAUUUAUCGAGAUUUUGACCCCCGAACUAUGGAUGAAACCAUGGUUAGGCUGUUUUCUGUUCUUAAGUGUGGGGGUGCGCUUGACCUUUUUCUUUGGCUCUUUUGGGUUCCACUUUGGGUUGUUGUUUUGCAGGGCAAUGGCGAAACCUAAUUUCCAGCACCCGUUCAUCUGGGAUCUGAGGAGGGGACCCACCGCAGAGCGCUUCAAGGAGGUCGCGGAAACCCCGUUUGGGUCACACCAUUGCUGGUCCAAACGGGAGUUUCGGCGAUUGCACUGCUACGAGCAGCUCUCCGCCGCGGUCGCCAACACCGCCUGGCGCCGUCUGCUCCAGCUCUGCGAGAAGGUCUACUACGAGCCGGUGUGGGAGUUCUACACGACCUUCAAGCACAAUACCACGGACAACUGGCAGGACGGUACGACCGUCCAAUUCAGGCUGGGCGGGGUCCCCCGGUCCUUGAGCUACCACGAGCUGGCCGAGGCUCUCGACAUCGACCUCGACGAUCUUGGCGACGAGUAGGCUGUACUCGUUGCCCGUCUCAGUGUGUUUUCUUUUUCAUUUUAGACUUUUGUGUGUUUGCUCCAUGUGUGCGGAGCUUGAACUUAGUGUCGUUUGUUUUUGUUUUUGGUUUUUCCUUUGUGGUUUGAUGUAGCCGUCUGGGCUAACACUUAUCCCUAACGCACAGUGUGCUAGUGUGUUUCUGAUGUUCGAUUUGUGCAGCAUUGUCCACUCUCCCGUUCGUUUCUCGCCGACUGGUCCACUUCCAGUCCCCCAGCAGUGUUCUUACCCGGUAACAUCGUUCCCCUUAUCUUUCCCUCUACUCCAUUGAGGGCAAUGUCGUGCUUAAGUGUGGGGGGAUGCUUUGUAUCGGUUGGAAUAUGUAUGAUGGUGCUUGGAGCCUAGUCCGCUGUCCGAAUCUUACGAUUUGAGGGCUCCAAGUACUGCUGUUUGAUCAUAUUGGCACUGUGUUUCGAUGGAUGAAUUGAUUGGUUUUCGGAUUAAUGCAUGACAACUUGUUUGCGACUAGGACAACCUAUGAUGAGGACUGAGAUGUGCAGUAGAACGAUGUAGGGGUUCAGUUUUUCAACUGUUUGCUUGCCAACUGUGACUUGAUCUGACUUGAUCUGAUUACUUGUUCUUAACAGUCGUUUAUGCAUCUAGUUCAGGGUAGCAGAAUAUGAGAUAGAGCAUAUAGGUAGCCAUGUGAGAUUUGAGCCUGCUCGUUUCUUUCUUGUGCGAUAGAUCCCUCUUCCAUGAUGUGUAGCAUUCACGUUGUCACUAGCUGAGAUGAUGGGGGCAUAGGAUUAGCCCACGCCCAAAACUGACUGUCCUGAUGUGUCAUAUCCCCUAGUCAGCCCCUUUGAGCCGUGUGUUAUCCUUUCUUUUGGUCAAUAAUGAAAAGAAAUCACCCUUGUUGCAUCUUUUAGAAGGUUCCACAGAGUGGUUUUUAUAUAUUCUCUGCUGUUUCUGCUAAAGUCUAUGUGAGUGUUGGAGGUAGUGCUUAAAAGUUGGGCGGAUGUUUGAAAUAUGUGCAGGAGUGGUGGCUCUCUUAAGAAAUGAAAAGAAAAAUA